UCGUUUCUCUCCAACCAAGGAUCUCCAUUCGUUUCUCUCCGAUCAGGGAUCUCCGUUCGUUUCACUCCCUCCGAUCGUGUCUCAUCUUCACGGAUCUCCAUUCGUUUCUCUCCGGUUAAGGAUCUCCGUUCGUUUCACUCUGUCCGAUCGUCUCUCAUCUUCACGGUUGAUAUUGAUAAAUCUUGGAUUAGCAAACCACAUUUAUCGCAAGAGUACAUCAAUGGGGUUGAAGGGUUCUUAGACUUUGCAUUUUCUAAUAGUGAUGCAACCAUGUUAAAAUCUCCCUGUUCUUGGUGUUCUUUAGUAAAGUAUAAAUAUAGAGAGGAUAUUAGGAGAGAUUUGAUGUAUCAUGGGUUUAUUCCUACAUAUACAAACUGGCAUUUUCAUGGUGAACAGUUCAAUAUCAUAGAGACUUCGAUCUCUAUAGAAUCUCAAAUAGAUAAUAGUUUGAAUGAAGAUUCAACAAUGAAUCUAAUAGAUAAUAGUUUGAAUGAAGAUUCAACAAUGAAUCUACUAGAUGAUGUCUUCCCAAAAUGUGGAAGACAUUUUAAUGAGAGAGCAGGUUCUUCUAAUCAACCAUUGAAUGAAGAAGAAGCUGCUGAUCAAGCACCUAAUUCUGAUGAAAGAAGAGCAUUUGAAGCAUUACUAGCAGAUGCUAAUGAAGAACUUUAUGAGGGGUGUACUUCAUUCUCAAAGUUAUCCUUUAUGCUGAAGUUAUAUCACAUCAAGAGUAUCACUAAGAUUAGUGAUAAAGUCUUGGUCCGACUCCUUCCACAUCUUUUAAGAAUCGCACAUCCUAUGAAGCAGAAG